GUAAGGGAAGGAACUCUGGUAUUCCGCCGCCAUAUUUGGCAGAAAAAAGUACGGAAAUUAUACAUUUUCUUCUAGAUGCCGCCUUAAGAAAAGAGAAUAUGGCUAUGGAUUUUGACCCAAACGACAAAACAAGUUGGUAUUUUGGUCCAUUGUCAAGAGAAGAUACAAACGAAAUUUUGGAAAAUGUACAUACAAAUGGUGUAUUUCUUGUGAGGGAAAGUCAGUCAAUAAAAGGCGAUUUUGUUCUUUGUGUUAGAGAGGACUGUAAAAUUAGCCAUUACAUCAUUAAUCGUAUCCAGGUUGGUGGUAGUGUAAUGUUCCGUAUUGGAGACCAACAGUUCCCAGAUAUACCUGCAUUGCUAAAUUUCUACAAGACACAUUAUCUAGAUACAACAGCUCUUACCUUCCCGGCUCCUAGAGAGAAAGUUAUAACAAAAUACGACUUUCCUGGCAAGGAUCCUGAAGAUUUACCAUUUAAGAAAGGAGAAAUUCUGGUAAUCAUUUCCAAAGAUGAGGAGAAAUGGUGGCAAGCUAAGAACAAAGAUGGUAGGACAGGCCAGAUCCCAGUACCUUAUGUAAAUAUUAUAAAGGAUGAUGAUUCAAAUUUAGUUCAAAUAGACCAUCAGCAACAAGUGGAGCCACAGCAACAACAACAACCCACAUCACCCGUUUCAGAUCCAUCACCUCCACCAUUAAGAAUACCUAAACAAUUACCAGCCAAAGCUUUAGUGAUUCAAACAAGGAUACCCAGUCUGUAUGAUAAGACACAAUUACGAUUAAAUGAAGGUGAUAUAGUGACAGUUACCAAAAUUAAUGCUAAUGGACAAUGGGAAGGGGAGAUAAAUGGGAAAGCAGGAUUCUUUCCCUUUACACAUGUAAAAUUUCUGGACGAUUCGUAGUGAUAAUGUAGCAGUUCAUUUAUUCAGUUAUUGUAGAACGAUUUACAAAAUAUGGAGAAUUGAGUGACAUCAUUAUAAUUUCACUCCACAAAGUCAUUGGAAGUUCUGAUCAGCAUGGAAGAAGACGAUUUUGAAAGAAAAGCAUGCUGAAUUUAUGUUGAUGUGGAGAAUCGCUUCAUAGUCAAAGACAAUGUGUGUAAGAAGUAUUUGUAGGAUAUGAAAUACAGUCUGGCUUGAUAAACAUGAAUAUGAAAAAUUUGUAGACAUUUAACAUUCAUGUGAAAACUUACUUAAAAUAUAUAUUGGACAAAACUUACUCAUGAAAACAGGCUGCACACCAUAAAAUCAUAUAUUUUUUGCAGAACUUUAAAGUGGCUGUAUUUAAAAUUUGAAGUAGUUAAUGUGGAUGACUAUUAUAGGACUAUAUACUUACUGGAAUAGCAAACAUAGUGAAGGGAAUUGUUGAUUUUACUGUUUUAGAUUAAAGAGAUAUUUGAAUUGUACAUUUGUCUCCCCUAGCCCGAAGCUUACAGUGAGGCUUGUACACACGUUUUGUUGCCAGGAUGCUAAUAAUUUAUAACAAGUGCUAGAUUUGAUUUUGUCAUGUGUUGUGUGUAUGAUGUAUAAGUGUCCUGAUAUAAACAUAUCUCAAUUGUUGUUGAUGAAACAAGGAUGUCUGUCAAUACCUUCCCACUAUAUAAAUAAUUAUCUUAAGUCUGAUUUGACUCGUUCACAGAAACUGGAAAGCCUGCCUGAGGUGCAAAUUAUUAAAAAGAAAUGAGAUGUGUUUAAAUUAAGGGCAUUUUUGUGCAGAGAGUAUGUAUCUUUAUCAUUACAGGACAUUAUUUGAUGUUUGUUGUUGUUGUUAUUGUUGUUGGUAUCAGUUAUGUACUGCUGAGAAAGCUUUAAACAUUUAGUUGUCAUUUUCUCAUGGAAUUCAUACUUACUGUCAUUCAGUCAAGUUUUAUAUUCCUGUAGUUUCAUAGAAAAAUAGUAAAUCUUGACAAUUCUACAAAGCUUACAUUGCUAGGUUGACAAUGAAUAUAAGAGAAUUGUCAAUAAUUAAUCAAUGCUGUUUCCAUUAUGACAAUAAAAUGGAAUAAAUAAAGAUUGUAUUAAGUAACAUGAUGGUUUAACAACAAAAGAAUUUGCUCUCGUAAGAUAAUUCUAAUUAAGUUUAGGUAAUACAUAUAUCUGUUUUGCAUCAAAAGCAGACUGUUAUCAGGAUCAGAAUUCCUAUAUUUGGUAAAGUCCUGCAAGUUUUAAAAAAGAAAUAACUCAGUUCUUUUCUUGAUUGUAUAUUUUUGUGGAUAACUGGUUGACUGCCUGAAUGUAUAGUGUAUGUUAAAUGAAUCAAAAUGUAAAGUUUGACUGUACUCUGUAUUUUGUUAUUAUGCUGUAGAUCAAGUUCAUAACCAUUUGACUUCUUAGGAGUGUAGCUGUCAAAAGUAACACAAAAUAUUUUUGUGAAGCGUUUUACAGAAAGAAGUCCAGAUAAACAUAAAAAGUAAUAAAAGGGCAGUUUUCACAGUCAAAUUGGCAGGUGGUAUUUGAUAGUUGUUGCCUGCUGUGUAAAAGCUUGGAAACAAAAUGAUGUAGGGGUAGUGUGAACCCCAGGUCCACACUGCAGAGUGAAAUUAGACCACAAUCUCCACAGUCCCUAGAGUACUGGACAGUGUUCCAGGAAGCAGUCAUAGUUUUUUCUGCAAUCAGUGUAAGAGCAGUAGGUAUAAACCAUUCUCUUUCCCAUCCCAUUAGUAACUAACAAAACUCAUUAGUGGAUCAGCUGAUUAUGCCUGAGUCACUGUCAAAAUUAUUACAUCCAUACAACAUCUUAUACAUGUAUAUUAAACUUGCAUUUUAAAAGUGUUCAGGAUAUGCUUGUAUAGGAGAUUUAAAGAGAACUUUACAUAGAUGAAAAUCAUUUUUUUGCAAGACAGUUCAUAUGGUAUGUGGAUUGAUAUGAAAUUUUGUUUCCUGUAUAUUGAAAAUUGUAUAGAAUGAGUUGAACUUGUGAACAAACAUCAUAUUUAUGCCCCCGGCAUCUACUGAUGUGGGAGGCAUAUAGCAAUUGUCCUGUCCGUUCGUCCGUCCAUCCAUCCAUACGAGGUUAACCAAAUGGGACCGUUUCGUCUAGCAUCAAUACCCCUUACUAGAAUGACUUGAUACUAAUGCAGAUGUAACCUGUGACCAUUCCUCAUCUUCAAACAUCACCUGACCUCAGUUUGACCUUGUCCUCAUUUUGGACUUCGGUUGCUUUAUAUGGGCCAUCUCUUGGUUAACCAGAUAGGACUGUUUUGUCUAGCAUCAAUACCCCUUACUAGAAUGACUUGAUACUUAUGCAUAUGUAACCUGUGACCAUUCCUCAUCUUCAGACAUCACCUGACCUCAGUUUGACCUUUACCUUGACCUCAUUUUGGACUUAGGUUGCUUUAUAUGGGCCAUCUCUUGGUUAACCAAAUGGGACCGUUUCAUCUAGCAUCAGUACCCCUUACUAGAAUGACUUGAUACUUAUGCAGAUGUAACCUGUGACCAUUCCUCAUCUUCAGACAUCACCUGACCUCAGUUUGACCUUGACCUUGACCUCGUUUUGGACUUGGGUGCAAAAUCUAUUGACAAGGAUGCCACCGGGGCAUCAAGCAUUAUUGAACGUAGCUCCUUGUUUGGUCACUUUUUUUUGGAUGUCAUAUUUUGUUUUAUGAUAGGGUAUGCUGCUACAUAUAUGUAUGUAUGAUAAACGUGAUCUGCUGGACCUCAUGUGAUAUCAGAACAAAUGCAUGUGCAUAAUUAAAUUUUCACUGUAAGUUACGCCUGUUUUAUACUGAAAAUUCAGUCAUUGAACUCCCUACCAACAAGAAGUGUGGUCAGCAAACUUGUUUUUUUUAUCAUAUGAACUUAAUGCCUCUGAAAGUGGCACUGUCUGUCUGUCACUAGAUUUCCAGUAGAUUACAGUUAGGCGCAGGAACCUCAAACUUUGUAGACAGGUUGAUUGUAACUGGCAGAUGACCCCUAUCAAUUUUGAGAUUAAUUGCUCAAAGGUCAAAGCCACAGUGACCUUGAGCUGAAAACUAGUUUUCCAUAAAUAACUCAAAAAUGCUGCAGCAGAGGAACUUAAAACUUGGUAAGCAGGUUGGUAGAGGUACUGAUAACUCAAGAAUGUUUAAGGUCUAGAACCUUGGAUGUCAUAGUCAUGUUUGUUGUGACCAGCAGAUGAUCCGCAUUGAUUUUAAGGUAAUUCUAUUUGUCAAUGGUCAUGUUCUUGACAUGAGUGGGUGACCAAUGCUGUUAUACCUUACAUUCAAUGAAUCUCUAUUUUACUGCGCUCAUUCAGUCGGCCCUUUUUGUCAAAGCCAGUUCAGGGGCAUAUGUCGCUUACAGUGGCAGUUCUUGUUAGUAUAUAUUUUACACUGUUAGAGUAAUUUUGUAGUUUACAAGUGCUCAAUAGGGUAGGUAGCUGCCAGUGCACUUACAGGAUUCAUUUAAUGAAAUUUAUAAUAUAUAGAAUGAAGGGGUUUGACAGUACAUGUAUGCCUUAAUGCUAUUUAUGUUGUUUAAACACGGCCAAGUUAAGGUUGCUGACUUAAAAUCACUGUCCUUCAGCACUUCGAGUUUGAAACCCACCCUGGAUAUAGAAAUAUUUAUUUUCUGGAAGCUAUCCAGCUGGCUUGUUGAAGGGUCUGUUUUUCUACAAAGUUUUUCACAUGUGCCUGAAAAAGAAAACAUAAUUCCCAGAAACACCUGGGAACUUCCUUCUUUUUAGAACUAUAAUUGUAUUGGUGUGACUAAAAACCUAACCAAACAAAGAAAUCCUGUACAUUCAAACUAAGGAAACAGAGGUAUACUGACUAGUAAUAGCACAAUGAAUAUUUGAUGAUUAUUCCUGCAUGAAAGUGAGGGAACACUCUGGAUUUCUACACCCAAGAAGAGUGUCUUCUUUCAGAAAAUAACUUGAUCAUAUUGGAUGAUCUUGCAACUGUGUUGAUGAUUUUAGUUUAUUACAAAGUUUUUGAAAUUUUCAGUCAUAUAUGUUGUGUGACUUUUUGGUUUUCAUAUUUAUGAUCCCAAAUGGAGGCAUGUAGUUUUGCUCUGUCUGAUUGGAUAAAACACGAAUGACUAAAUCAAUGUAUGUCAUGUUUUUCGACUGGAAAACUCAGAGAUUUUCCAAAAUUUGUUUUAAUCAUACUGCAUGUUUGGAUUAGUGACUUUUGAUGUUUUCCUUAUUCAGUGGACUGGACAUGAAAACUGUUGAUCAAUGUUAAAAUAAUACUUUUUUGUUGCAUUGAAGGCAAGAAUUCCAUUAUAGUUUUGAACAAAUUUGCAAUUUCAUGGUUGUUAUUAAACCAAAAUGGCAUGCAUAAUUUUUGUGGAAAACUAUUGAUUUAUAUUGAUGAGUGUGUGUGCUUUAUAAAUAUAUAAUUGGCUAUAUCUGAUUGACAUUUGGAGCUUAACCCUAAACUUGUGUUAAAAUCUCUCAUGUGCAGAAGCUGUCAUGUUUUCUUGUAGAAAGUCUGUAGUUGUACCAACGUUAGGUGUCCUCCAGGCAUUAUUUCAGGCACGUGGCUGUUCCAGCAAUAAAGCUGGAACCAAGUUGUGUCUGUAUGACUUAAAACAACAGAAAACAUUUAGUGGGUAUUUUGCUGUAUUUUCUGAUGAUAGCUCUUGCUUUUGUAGUUUUAAACUUUUGUGUUUUUGUCAUUGAACUGAAAAAUCUAAACUGAUCAGAAGAUAAGGCAUGUAUUGUAUAUAUGUGUGUCUUGCUGUUGGAAUUUUAACCCUUAGCUUGCUAGUGGCAAGUGAUUCUGCCUUUGCGACCAGUGCAGACCAAGAUCAGCCUGCACAUCCGUGCAGUCUGAUCAUGGUCUGCACUGUUCGCUGUUCACUCAGUAAAUGUUUAGUAAACACCCCUUCAAAUGAUAAAUGGUACUGCCCAAAUUGGAAGAUGGACCAGUCCAUUAUAGAAAUUUAGCAUGGUAAGGGUUAAAGUAGGAUUUCUGCCUUUCUCACUGCUAUGAUAUACAUGUUGUCUCUCUGUAAGGCCAGUUCUCUACUUAGGAUCUGGAAUUAAACACUAAAUGUUUUUUUUUUUGCUUCUAAGCAAGGGUUGGUAGCAAAAGUAUUAAUUUUAUAUGAAAAGUGUCAUUUUGUAUUAUAAACUAAUUACUUUUUUAUAAAGCAUUAAUUGUUAAGAUUUGAUUAGAAUUUAUUUUGAUACUUUUUUUAUUUGAUGUUCAUACAUGUAUUGCUAAAACAAUCUGCCUGUUUAUAUGCCACAGACUAUUGUUUGUGCCAUGUCUUCCAAAAAGGGUCCCAUUGUGUGUCAAAUUCUAAUCAUAAAUCAAAACUGACAAGGUAUGUCAGGGAGGUAAUAUAUGAAAUUUGAAAAUUUCAUUUAAACUUUUUGUUUGUAAAAAAGUUGUUAUCAUGUUUAUAAUUUAAGUGAUUGUGCAUUUAAUUUGUUAAAAUAUUUACUUAUUAAAAAUUGUAUUCAGUGACCAUCUUGUAAUGGUUGAUAAUACAUCCAAGUACAAAUAAUUUGCAUGAGUUGGAAAGUUAUAAAACUUAAGUUUAGAUACCAGUCUUAGAAUGCAACCUUGCCAUUGGUCAGUAUGAAAGAUUCAGCUGAGAAUCAACCAGUCUUAUGCUUGAGAGUUUAGACAGUAAAACAAACUCAGUUAUAUAAUAUUGAACUGAACAGAAUGGUGAGAUGCAAUCAAAUUUCAUUUCAGAAUUGAACAUUGUGUUGGAUAAUGAUUAUGUUCUGGUAUUUUGUUAGGGCCUAAAUAUUGUUAUUCUUUGAUAGUAUGUUCAAAGUAUAUGGGAUAUGUAUAAGUAAUGGAAACAGAUAAAAAUUGACCGGUUCUGUGCUAGUGUCUACAGCCAGAUGGACAGUCAGAAACAGGUGUUGUGUCUGAGUUUUAUAUGUUGUAACUGUGUGCAGGAAAUUAUAUACAGUUCAUCUACUGCAGAAUAGUUCUUGGCAGUAAGGUACGAAAGGCUUCAAGGGUAGAUUAAUUAUGCAACAUAGAUUACAGGUUAAUAUAACAGUUUGUUUUGAGACAAACACAGAGAUUUAGUUAAGGUUUCUUUUUUGGCAAUCCAGUGGAUGAAUAUUUUUUAAAUAUUUUCAAAGAGGACAUAAAGCUGUGUCUUAUAUUUGAAAUUUAUGGUUUGAAUCUUAAAGAAACUUCAAUAUUUAUUAUUGUGUAGAAUAUGUAUUGUCUUGAGAAUGAAUGCUAAAUGUGUAUAAUCUUUGAAAACCAUUAUCAGUCAUUUUGUCAUUUUCAGUGUGCAUGAGGUGGCAUUGUUAACUGUUAUCAGCAAUUAUUUUAUUAAUGCACUGUUUUGUGUUUCUAUAUUUAGCUUUGUACAUGUAAUGUGAAUGUCUAGUGCAGAUUUGUGUUACAUAAAUAUGAUUAUAAGUUAGUUAUAAAACAUUUGUAUAAUAACAACCAGAUGAUGAAAUAAAAUAAAAGAAAACUUG